ACAUUAGUCUCGAUCUAGGUAUCAUCAAUUUACUUAUCAAUAAGAUCAUUAUCAAAUAAUGAUAUAGGAAAUUUUAUUUCCGCCAACAGUUAUACAGUAAAGUGUUUCUAUUCAAGAAAGAGAGAGAGUUUUUGGUCCAUCUCGAUUUUUUUCACACUUAUUGUUUAUUAUAAUCUAUAGGACAUUUUUUUUUUAUCCAAAUAGAAUGCGGGAAAAGAAAAAGAAAAUUUUACUUCUUUUUCUAUCAUUCAUUUUUAUAAAUUUUAUCGACAUUAUGGCCGCAACAAUUAAUUCAUCAUCUGAUGACAGAAUUAUAUUUCCCGAUGAAUUCGAAAAGGCUCAAGAAGAACUUUUAAUACCGGAAAAUAUACAGGUAUCUGAAAAUAUAAACGAAACCACGGAUUAUGAUUUAGUGGAUGAGGAAAUAAAAAUUACACCACCAAUGCUGGCAAAUAGAAAUAUUAUCGGUGCACCAACUCGAUGUCCUGAAGGCUACAGAGCUGAUCCCACAGGAAAAUGUCGAAAAAUUUUACAUUAGGGCGCAAAACAAUGUCUGAUAAAAAAUUUUAUUUUUAAAUUUUAUUACAGUAAUUCCAUGUAGAAGAAUUGAAGCAAAAUGUCGAAAAAAAAAAAUUGAAUAAAAUUUUCAGCAAAUAUUUUUAACAAUAUAAAAAAAUGUUUAAUCAUGUUCUUUAUUCAAAAAGGAAAUAUUUCUAUAAAGGAUGUAAAAAAAUUAAUUCUUUUUGCUUUGACUCAUUUCGGAAAGAAUGUUUUUUUUACUCUAAUUCUCAAGUGAUAAAUUCCUAUAAAAAAAUUUUUCUGAUUAAUAAUAAAAUAAAAAUAUAUUUUAAUAAUUGAAGGUAAAUUAAAUAAAAAUGAUUUUAUAGAGAAAUUUCGAAAAAAAAUUUUAAUAUUUUGACAAAGAAAAAAAAUAAUUGAAGAUUUAUUUUUUUAUGAAAUAAUUUUUUUUAGAAUUUAAAUUUUUUUUUAAAAAUCUCUGCGUUUAUUUUAAUAUAAAUUUCGAAAAGUUCUAUUUACAAUGAAAGUAGGAUAUGAGAGUAGUCUGAGAAGCUAAUUAAUUAGAUAAUAAUAUAUUGUAUUUGUUUUACGAUACAUAUGUGGUGCUAUUAUAAGAAAAGUUGACGUCAGAUAUAUUAAGUUUACAAAAUGAUUAUUUGCAAUAUAUGUUAAUUAUUGUGUUUAUAAUAAUAACACAUAUCAAAGUUUAUAUAUAUAUGUAUAACUUGCAAUCAACUAAUUAUUAUCAAAUUGACUCGAAGGAACAAUAAAAAAUUUUAAAAAAAAAUUUA